AUGAGUUCACCUAUUCUCCAUAUUCAGAAUGCUUACAAUCAGUAUUUAACUAUUGAAGACGGUCAAGGAACCCAUUUGCAACAAUGUCUCGCAGAGACUCAAGAAUUUAAGACGCAGUUGAGAAAGUUAAAAGCACAUUUGAAUAAACAUAUAUUGGAGACGAAGAGUCUAGAAUCAAAUGGUGGUGAAGUCGAUAAGACUGUCCAGGAGAAGUUGACAAAGAGACGGAUUUUGAUUCAAGAUAAAUUAAAUAAAUCUUAUAAACAAUGGGAUCAUUCCAUUAAGAAACAUACAAAAAAAUCAAAGCAAGGCUUAAUCAAAUUCAAUACCCUGGGAUUAUCUAUGUUUCAAACGUUUAAUAUUGAUGAUAUUUAUAAUAAUAAGAUAUCUGAUAAGCAUAGAACAGAGUUGCAAGGAGCCAUUCAGAGUCAUAUAUCCAGAUAUUGUCUAAGUGAUAUCCCUGUUCAGGAUACAGCUGGAUUAUUGAAGUAUUUGCAAAACGUGUAUAAUAUUUCACCAGAGAUAUGUUCCGACUUCAUAAGAAUGGGUCAAAUUUUAUUUGAUUUGACACAUUGUAAUUAUGAAAGUUGUUGGGAUUGGGCAUAUAAUGAACAAGCUAAUAAUCAUUCGCAUGUCAUACAGACUCUUAGAUAUAAACUAUACAUUGUAAAAGGUAUGCUAAUGACAAAGACUCAUCCAGUUCCGGACGUAUGUCAAUAUUUUUCCGACAAGAUACCCAAGGCAGCAUUUAGUAAUAAGGAUCUACAGUAUGGGGAAGAUGCAGCAUUUAUUCUUACCCAACUUAUAGUUCAUGAUAAUAUUAGUAACUUUCAACAAAAUUAUGAAACAUUUGUGGAUGCCUGUAAAGAAACGUUCACGCAGGAGUAUUGUUCAUUACAUAAUUUACCAAAUGAAUCACCUUUGUCGUUAGUUAUUAUGAGUGGUAUACUAUCAUCACAAUUCUUUAUGAAGUAUGCACAAAUUAAAUCUAGUGCGCAUAUUGGUUGGACUACAUCUAAUGAACUUCCAUUUGAUGUUGAUUUGCCUAGCUCCUUAACACAUUUCCAUCCAGUCUUUAUUUGUCCUGUGCUCAAAGAAGAGACCACGGAUGAAAAUCCACCAUAUUCUCUUGCAUGUCAUCAUGUCAUAUCGAAAAAAGCACUUGAUAAAUUAUCGAAAAAUGGUACAGUAUCGUUCAAAUGUCCUUAUUGUCCAGUUCAGAGUACGAUAUCCAAAACAGAAUUAGUAAGGUUCGUCAUGUUAUAA